AUGGCCGGCGCAUCCGUCAAAGUGGCCGUCCGGGUGCGUCCCUUCAGUGCCCGUGAGAUCAGCCAUGCGGCCACCUGCGUCAUCCAGAUGCAAGGAGCCACCACCUGCAUUGCCAACCCCAAGCAGGCCAAGGAUGCCCCCAAGAGCUUCACCUUUGAUUACUCCUACUGGUCCCACACCUCGGAGGAGGACCCCCAUUUCGUGUCCCAGCACCAGGUCUACAAGGACAUCGGGGAGGAGAUGCUGCUCCACGCCUUUGAGGGCUACAACGUCUGCAUCUUCGCCUACGGGCAGACGGGGGGCGGCAAGUCGUACACCAUGAUGGGCAAGCAGGAGAAGGGCCAGCAGGGCAUCAUCCCUCAGCUUUGCGAAGACCUCUUUCUCCGCGUGGCCGAGGAAGCAUCACCCUCCCUGUCCUGUUCUGUGGAGGUGAGCUACAUGGAGAUCUACUGUGAGCGCGUGCGGGAUCUCCUGAGCCCCAAAAACCGCGGAAACCUGCGUGUGCGUGAGCACCCCAUCAUGGGGCCGUACGUGGAGGGCCUCUCCAAGCUGGCCGUCACAAAUUUCGAGGACAUUGCGGAUCUCAUGGACUGUGGCAAUAAAGCCAGGACUGUGGCUGCAACCAAUAUGAACGAAACCAGUAGCCGUUCCCACGCCGUGUUCACCAUCGUCUUCACGCAGCGCCGGCAUGAUGAACUCACCGACUUGGACACUGAGAAGGUUAGCAAGAUCAGCUUGGUGGACCUGGCGGGCAGCGAGCGAGCGGACUCGUCGGGCGCAAAGGGCAUGAGGCUCAAGGAAGGCGCCAACAUCAACAAAUCCCUGACCACCUUGGGCAAGGUCAUCUCCGCCUUGGCUGAGAUGCAAAGCAGCCACAAGAAGAAGAAAACCGAAUUCAUCCCCUACCGGGAUUCGGUGCUCACCUGGCUGCUGAAGGAGAACUUGGGGGGCAACUCCCGCACGGCCAUGAUCGCCGCCCUCAGCCCAGCCGACAUCAACUACGAGGAGACACUGAGCACCCUCCGGUACGCCGACCGGGCCAAGCAGAUCCGCUGCAACGCCAUCAUCAACGAGGACCCCAACGCCCGCCUCAUCCGCGAGCUCAAGGAGGAGGUGGCCAGACUGCGGGACCUCCUCUCCGCCCAGGGACUCUCGGGCGCCAGCUUCCUGGGGCCUGAGCCUGCCGAUCCGGGUGGCGGGCAGAGCGUGCCCAACGUGCCCUUCGCCUCAUUGGCCCACGCCUCCCUCCUGCUGGAGCCCGUGGCCCUCAAUGGGGAGCUGGAGCUGCACCUGCCGUCCUCGGAGGAGCAGAUUCUGUGCACGGAGGAGGCCAUGGAGCAGCUGCAGGAGACUGAGAGGAUCAUAGCGGAGCUGAACGAAACGUGGGAGGAAAAACUGCGGAAAACGGAGGCCAUCCGGAUGGAGAGGGAAGCCCUCCUAGCAGAGAUGGGUGUGGCGCUUCGAGAGGACGGGGGCACUGUUGGGGUCUUUUCCCCCAAGAAGAUUCCCCAUUUGGUCAACCUGAACGAGGACCCCCUGAUGUCGGAGUGCCUGCUCUACCACAUCAAAGACGGCGUCACCAGAGUCGGCCAGCAGAACGCGGACAUCCGGCUGAGUGGGCAGUUCAUCCAGGAGGAGCACUGCGUCUUCCGCAGCGCCACCAGCGAGACGGGAGAAGUUGUGGUCACCCUGGAGCCGUGCAAGGGGGCUGAGACAUACGUCAAUGGGAAGCAGGUGAUGGAGCCCCAGGUGCUGCGAUCAGGCAACCGCGUGGUGAUGGGCAAGAACCACGUCUUCCGCUUCAACCACCCUGAGCAGGCCCGGAUGGAGCGUGAGCGCAGUCUGCCCCCCGAGGGCCAGGUGGAGACCAUGGACUGGAACUUCGCCCAGCGGGAGUUGCUGGAGAAGCAGGGCAUCGACAUCAAGCUGGAGAUGGAGAAGAGGCUGCAGGACCUGGAGACGCAAUAUCGCCGAGAGAAGGAGGAAGCAGACUUGAUCCUGGAACAGCAGAGGCUGUACGCAGAUUCGGAUAGUGGCGACGAUUCGGACAAGCGCUCGUGCGAGGAGAGCUGGCGGCUCAUUUCCUCACUGAGGGAGAAGCUGCCGGCCAUGAAAGUGCAGACAAUUGUGCGCCGCUGUGGCCUGCCCAGCUCGGGCAAGAAGCGGGAGCCGCUACGGGUGUACCAGAUCCCGCAGCGCCGACGGGCAGCCAAGGACCCCCGCUGGCUGACCUUGGCUGACCUCAAGAUGCAGGCGGUCAAGGAGAUCUGCUACGAGGUGGCCCUCAACGACUUCCGGCACUCCCGCCAGGAGAUCGAGGCCAUGAGCAUCGUCAAGAUGAAGGAACUCUGCCGCCUCUACGGCCGGCGCGACACCAGCGAGCGCGAGAGCUGGCGUGCCGUGGCCCGGGAUGUCUGGGACACGGUGGGCGUGGGCGAGUCCGAGGGCCCCACGGGCGGCAGCCUAGCGACUGGGAACCCGGAGGCUCAGGUCAGCACACCGGGCGUGGAAGUCAACGACCUUCGGGCGCACAUUGACAAGCUGACAGACAUUCUGCAGGAAGUAAAGAUCCAGAACAACAUGAAGGACGAAGAGAUCCGAGCACUGCGAGAUCGGGUGGUGAAGAUGGAGCAGGUCAUCCCCGUCUCAGCCCAGGAAGACGAAGAGCUGGAGAAGGAGUGGCAGUCACUGCUGUUGACACAAGAGGGCCGAGCUCUCGCAACUGAGGGGGAGUUCGGGUUGGGGGGUGCCCUGGCUCUCCAGGAAGAACAGGGGUCCGGUGACCGGGUCUCCUGCUUGAUGAAGAAGGACCCCGCCUUCCGCCGGGGGCGCCUCCGUUGGCUCCGCCAAGAGCAGCUGCGCCUGCAGAACUUGCAGCCCCAGCAACCGCAGCAGCGCAGAGGGCCCAGCCGCUUCAUCCCUCCGCAGGACUGCAAGCUGCGCUUCCCCUUCAAGAGCAACCCGCAGCACCGCUACUCGUGGGGGCCCAGCACCGCCUUCAUGGUGGGCGAGGAGAAGGAAGGGGCCCCCGGUGAGGAGAGGCCUCAGGCCCCCAGCCCCAACAACCAUGACAGCCCCACUGUGCAGCCGAAACAGCCUGCCCGGCGCCACUCCCUGGAAGGGGGCCCACGGGCCAGGCGCAGCAGGGGCCGGGGGCAGGAUCAGCACCCUCCACGCAAGCAUAACUAUUACCCUCACCAGCACCAGCCCUACCCGCAGCGCCGUUCUGGGGGCCUGGAGGGCCACACCCCGCCCCGCAUGCGUCGGCAGAGGUCGGCACCCAACCUGCAGCAGGAGAACGCCAUCGCCCAGUGA